AUGGAGAGUCCAGCCCUCGAGCGCUCAGGUGGGGAUGCCCUCGCCAACAUGCCCAAACUCAACAUCGUCAUCAUGGGCUUUGGCAGCCGAGGCGACCUCGAACCAACUCUAGAAAUCGCCAAAGUCUUGCAAUUUCAUCACGGCCAUCGCGUAAGAUACGUCACUCACGAGCGCCAUCGCCCCCUUGUCCAGGCCGCGGGCAUAGAGUUCUACUCUCUGGGACGUGCCGACCCGAGAGAGAUGAUAUUCCGGAGAAGCCUUGGCGCAGCAGGAAUGCGCAAGCUUUUGCCCCAGAUUCAGGAUGAGUUCUUUGAGAUGGGUCAACGGUUUUGGGGGGCUUGUAUUGAUGAUCCUGCUGGCAUGCCUGAGGGGACGGAGCCGGAGCCGUUUGUUGCGGAUGCCAUCAUUGCGACUAUGACGACCUUUGUCCACAGCUCUGCUGCCGCCAGAAUGGGUAUUCCUAUCCAUCUUCAGGCGAAUAAUCCUCGAAUAUACUCAAAGUACCUGCCACAUUCACAAGCGGAGAGCUCUGCGACAAGCGAUUCGGUUGUCAGGAAUGUGCUCUCAUGGUGGUUGAAGGACCUGGCUUUUCUUCUUAUGCUGAAUUCUGGCUUCAACCGACUUCGUGUUGAUACCAUGGGCCUUGAAACAUUCUCUCCCAUAUGGUGGACCAGCCAAUUCUUUCGUUUUCGACUGGCUUGCACCAACCUUUGGUCUCCACAUCUCCUCCCAAGCCCUGCCGAUUGGGGUGAUGAAAUUGACACCGCUGGCUUCGUCUUUGCAGACCCGGAACCGUACACUCCGCCCGUUGAGUUGACCAAAUGGCUCCAGAGCGGAGACGAGCCAAUAUAUGUCGGCUUUGGGAGCAUGUCAUUUCCAAACACGGAACAAGUUCUCCAAGCUGUUUUUGGUGGCAUCACCAAAUCUGGACGUCGUGUCAUCUUUGCAAAGGGCUGGUGUGGUAUAGACCCUGGCCUAUUUCAGAGAGAUGGCAUCUUUAUCGUUGACGAGAUACCACACCACUGGCUAUUCCCUAGAGUCGCAGCCGUCGUGAUUCACAUGGGAGCCGGAACGUUCUCACUGGCCCUCAAGUUGGGAAAGCCCAUUAUCAUGAUUCCCAUUGCUGGAGAUCAGCCGUUUUGGUCCCACCGCGUGUUCCAAGCCGGGUGUAGUCCAGAGCCGAUCCCUCUCGAAGGCAUCACUUCAGAUCUGGUCGCUACGAGAGUUCAAGAAGCACUCUCACCUGAGAUUGGACAAAGUGUCAAGCUGAUGGCAGACAAGAUAUCCAAAGAAGAGCCGGGUCAAUUCAGAUUUGCUAGAUCUGCUUUGAACACCUUUCAACAGGCGUAUGUUGAUGGACGGUGCGAUCUCCUGCCUGACCGUGUAGCGGUCUGGAAGUACAAGCCAUCUGGGCUCAAACUGUCGGUAAUGGCUGCGAGCAUUCUUCUUAUCGAUGGCCUGAUUCAGCAGACAGACCUGAGCUUGAUACGACACGUCGAAUUACCAGAUCUUAAAGGCCCUGGAGAUCCCCUCUCGGGGAUUUUCAGUGGAGUCGCCCUGCUCGGGGGCCGAUUUUUGUCUCUUUUCAAGGCAUUACGAGGCCUGGUAACUACCCAAGGAGCCGUGGAACUGAUGAAGCAAGUGGGUCAUGUUGCUGAAGCACCUGUCGGUUUUCUACACCAAGCCUCUUACGGGCUUUAUAACCUCGUAGAAUAUCUCACGUUCAAACUCGGCGGUGUUCAUCGCCAACAGUUUGACAGCAACCUCUGGUCCUACUCUUAUCCAGAGAUGCUGUCAUUGCUGCUUCUGGCGCCAAUCAAAGAGAUCAGUCCCUGGAGAAAUACUUUCAUGACGCUGCUCCUGUCACCUGUCAGGUUCACACUUGCCACAGCCAAUGUGCCCAUUGGAUUUCUAGCCUUCACCUUAAGGCUGAUCGACAGAAGGAUUGAACAGUCGUUGGGCUAUCGCCCCAAGGAGGAUACAGUGUACAAUGCGAGAAUGAGGCAGGGCCGUCAAGAGAUGGGACUUGCACCCGCUGAGCUGCAUGGCCGAGUGGUGCAGUCCUGGAGGAAAGUGAACGGGCCAAAUCUGGCGAAGUGA